CUGUGUAUAGUCUUAGUGGGCGGGUAAAAGGCUUUCUGUUCACCCGCAAUUGGCUGCUCUCAGCUAUUCGUCUCUGAUUGGCUAGUGGCUGGUUGCUAUGCGAUGUCCUGCUCCGCUCAUGCGCAUUUGGUGUUAGCCGCUAUCAGUGGUUGAAUUUCGCCAGUCCUAUGUCGGCCGCCCAUACACACGGGGAUGGAGGAGGCGGCAGCGGGUACUAUUCCGGUGGUCGUGGGGAUGUGCUGGCCCGGCAAAGGCAAGAUGAGGCAGCCUGGAGGUCCGGUUAUUACCCUCAGGAGGCGGGGGCAAACUGGGUCGGAGGAGGAGCGGGGGGAGGAGCUGCAGGCACCCAGAAUUCACCAUAUCCAAACUACGACCCGAACACCUGGUCCUGCUCCGGACAUCCGCAGCCUCCUUACCCUCCCCACUAUCCAGCUGGAGGGCCGAGGAUGGAGCCGUAUACAAAUGGUUCAUAUGGGCCUCCUUACACCCAGCCUUCGAUGAAUUCUCCGUACCCCAACCUCCCCCCGCAAAACCACUACUUCCCUCCGCCUGGACAGCCUCAUUACCCAGUGGACCCCUACAAGCAGUCGAGUGGGAACUCGCAAGCUCCCCCUCCGUGGGGGAUGUCUCCGCACGCUUAUCACAACGUAUCUCCACAGGCUCAGGGAUAUCCACAGUACCCCGCUCAGCACCAGACAAUGCCUCAGCAGAGCCCCCAGGGGGAAGGUUGGGGGGUUUAUGGUGCCCCCAACCCUUAUCAGUGGUCGCCAGCACCCCCUGUACCCCCAAACCAAGCUGGAAGUCACUAUGCAGGUGGAGGCAGAACCUCUUGGCAAGGAGCAGACGUGCAAUCCGCUGCCUACGAUACAAAGGAUGCUUCCCAAACACCCAGCUAUAACCAACAAAGGCCAUACCAAGGUUACCCUGAUCAGCCCCAAGCAGCACCAGCUAGUGAACCCAAGCCAAAUCCACCCAACCCCCAUUACAGUGCUUCUCCCCAAAUGUACAACAGGAACGACCCUACGACCCAACCAUCGAGCGCGAAGACCAGUGAACCCAACCUUCCCGCGGCGGAUUCGGUAAAUGUCCAUCCGGGUAUCCUCAAGAUCAACCAGGUGUUGGAGAAGAUGGUGGAUCUGGAACAGGAGGUGGAUGAGUUUGUGGGAAAGAAGAGUGACAUGAGCUACCGUUGCUUAGAAGAACUUCUAACAAAGCAAUUAUUGGAACUGGAUUCGGUGGAAACCGGCGGACAGGAAAACGUUCGCCAGGCACGGAAAGAAGCCGUGAGAAAACUACAGUCCAUCCUGGAAAACCUCGAGAGGAAGGGAUUGUGAUUGCAUGCGUUAUGCUUGGAAGGUUCUGGACAAACAGGACUGGGAAAUGUGUUAAGUCUUGGGAUGAUUGGAGCUUUCCAGAAGAUUAUUGCUGGCUGGUCUUUGACAAGUGGGUGCGAGGGCAUAACGGAUGGAACAGAAGCACUACCAACAAAAUUAACAUUACAGAAUAUUUUGAGAAUUUAAAAAAAAAAAUAAUAAUAAUAAUAAAAAAAAAAUCACACGUUGACGUACUUGUCAUUUAAAAGGGGCAUUUAAUGAUAUUAAAGGAUAAUGGAUUUA